AUGAGCAUGGGCGAAGCAACGUUGAGUUUCGUAGGCUGCCUGCGUAACAGCUACAACCACAAGGGGGCAGUGUGUAGGAGGACCCGAUUCGCAGGGUAUCCGUCGAUUGACUUUUACCUGAAUCGGUACACCUUCGCUUAUGGCGUCAGCGACAGGAUACUGGUUCGAAUCUCCUUGGGUGCACACUUUUUCUCCUGACUUGGAUAUUUUCCCAAGGACACAAUGUGUGUCAGUCCUGAGAACACCUCUUGGAGUCGAUCCUACAAAGAACCUUGUGACACUUCCAUCGAAUUACCCAUCCUGGCCACAAGAGGUUCCCAGUUGAGGGUAAAUUCUGU